AAAAACCCCAUUUUCCAUCUCCGAUCUCUCUCUUUUCUCUCUCUCUCUCUCUCCGAAGAGAGAAAAGCUGGCCUCACUCAUUCCUUCCAAUUUUCCAUGAAAAUCUGAGAUUUUCCGUCUAUCCAAACACCAAAAACCAAAAGGAAAAAAAAAGGAAUGUCUCUCUCGGUCUUCCAAACGGCCCAAAUCAUGCCUAUCAACACCCAGACAAUCCCAACCACCAAAUCCUUAUCGCCGAAACCCCUAUUCCCCGUUCACCGGUCGCUUCCCGUUCUCAGUAAGCUCCGCAAGGGUUUAACAGUUAGGGCGGCCGCGGCUGCGGAGGCGGUCGACGGAGAUACCGUAGCUGGGCUGGAGCGGUGUUUUAGAGCGUCCCCGCCGUCCGAUUUGUCGUCAUCGUCUCCGGCUUCUUCUUCGUCGUCGUCGUCUGUGAUGUACGGUCCGGUUAUGAAGGGCGGUCAGUACGGUGCUUUGGGUUCGGUGACGUUGGAGAAAUCGAAGCUUGACUUGUCGCAGAAACAAUCCAAGUCUAGUCCAGAGACUGCAAUUGGUGGUGGUGGGGGCGAUAUUGGGAAGAAAAUCAGCCAUGGUGGAGGUGAUGGAGGUGAUGAUGAUGGUGACGAUGAUGAUUACUUUGAUGACUUUGAUGAUGGGGAUGAGGGAGAUGAUGGUGGAUUGUUUAGGAGAAGGGUUAUUCUUCAAGAGCUUUUUGAUCGAAAAUUUGUUGAUGCGGUAUUGAGAGAGUGGCAGAAGACAAUGAUGGAUUUGCCUGCAGGACUGCGGCAAGCCUAUGAAAUGGGUUUGGUCAGCUCUGCCCAAAUGGUAAAAUAUCUAGUAAUCAAUGCUAGGCCAACUACCACUAGGUUUAUUUCUCGAACGCUUCCACAAGAAAUGUCAAGGGCAUUCAUUGGGAGGAUGAUUGCCGAUCCUGCAUUUUUAUAUAGGCUUCUUUUGGAGCAGGCUGCCACAAUUGGUUGCUCUGUUUGGUCAGAGUUGAAAAACCGCAAGGAGAGGAUAAAGCAGGAAUGGGAUCUUGCACUUAUUAAUGUUCUCACCGUGACUGCGUGUAAUGCUAUUGUUGUGUGGUCACUUGCUCCUUGUCGUUCAUAUGGAAACACAUUCCGGUUUGAUUUGCAAAACACAUUGCAGAAGCUGCCAAACAAUAUAUUUGAGAAGAGCUAUCCACUUAGAGAAUUUGACUUGCAAAAAAGAAUCCAUUCUUUUCUUUACAAGGCUGCAGAAUUAUGUAUGGUAGGAUUCACUGCUGGUGCAGCACAAGGUGCUUUGUCAAAUCUAUGUGCCAGUAAAAAGGAGGGAAGGUUAUCUGUUACGAUUCCUUCAGUCAGUACUAAUGCGCUUGGUUAUGGGGCUUUCCUUGGCCUGUAUGCAAAUCUGCGUUACCAGCUGUUAUGUGGAUUUGAUAGAGCAAUGGUCAACUAUUUUGAUGUCAUCGGAGUGGCACUUUUUUUCAGUACAGCCUUGAGGGUUUUGAAUGUUCAGUUAGGGGAGACGUCAAGACUGGCUUGGCUUGGGGUGGAAGUGGAUCCACUAGCUCAUUCGGACGAAAUCUUAAAGGCUUAUAACAGACCCACAUCCACAGAGGCUGCCACCCAACCUUCUUCUAAAUGGUUCAUAUCGAAGAAUGCCAUUGUUUCAGGGCUUGGGCUUCUGGGCAUCAAACAAGGGCAAAACAACUCUGUUGCUGAAGGUGAAGUAUCGCCGCCUCCCAAGGCCAAGAGGAAGAGAGUCGUCAGGAGAAAGGUCACCCCAAGUUCGGCGUAGGCUCGUCAAUAGCGUUACUGUCUAACUACCCAAUUUUGCGGUCUGAUUGCUCAGCAAGAACUCGCGCACCCCCGAUAUAUCAGUUGAAGCAGCUGAGAGACGACACAGUCGACAGAGAUCCCAUUCAAGAGGUUUUGCAAUGAGGAACAAAUUCACAUUAACUGAAAUGGUGAAAAUGGAGAGAACACUUCAGAUUCUUGCCUUCCAUCCUCCUUUCAUUUUAGACAAAUUGGAUUUCUGUGCUGACAGCAAUGUACUACUGUCUUUGAACUCAUCUAAAUUUGUGUCUCUAGUUCGUGAAGGAUUUUACAAUGAACAAGCAUCAUAAUUUUUCCUAGGACAAUGAUCAGUUUCAGUUGUUUGUUCCUAGGUUUGAACAAAAUUCAUCUCUUAUUAUCAUUUUUUUUUUUCCUAAAUAAAUGCAGGUGGAUCCAUUCAUUCCCUCUCAA